GGCAUGUUUUGUUUAUAUUGACUGGACGGUAAUUCCCUUUUUGAAAUCAGAAAGACGCGUUUCUUUAAUUUUAAUGAAAUCUGUAAUAUUAUUUGUAAUUUUGUGUGAGAUCUAUCAGAAUGCCGCAUUUAGCAGACUUAUCGCACUCAGCAUUCGCGGACACUCGUCGACCACCAUUGGAUUGGCAACACGCGUCAGAACCUGAACCUCCCGGCUCAAACCAAAAACUAGUGGCCAGUAACGGAUUUACGCUGCCGUCAUUCGCCAACGGCAUCCCAACCGAGCAGGACGUGUCCCAGUUUUUGCAAAGUGAUCCCCCUCCAAAGGAAGAUUGUUGUGCGAGCAAAGCGAACAUGAUUGGAACGGCUAAGAUCCUUUCUGGCACCGAUAUUGCCAAAGAAAUUCGUGAUAAGUUAAGAAAAGAUGUGAGUGAGAUAAGAAACAAAAUUCCGACGCUGGUUCCGGGACUGGCGAUUGUGCAAGUUGGCGGGCGGGAGGAUUCCAAUGUGUACAUUCGGAUGAAGACUAAGGCCGCGGAGGAGAUCGGUAUCUACGCGGAACACGUGCAACUGCCGCGGUCAACCACGCAGGACGAAUUGUUGGCGGUGAUAAAGCGUCUCAACGAGGAUCCCAAUUUUCACGGCAUCAUCGUCCAGAUGCCCCUGGAAUCGGACAAUCCAAUCGAUUCCCAUCUGAUAACGGAUGCUGUCUGUCCGACCAAGGAUGUUGACGGUCUCAACACCUUGAACGAGGGACGCAUCGCCGUGGGCGAUCUGAGCGGUUUCCUACCGUGUACCCCGAACGGCUGCAUGGAGCUGAUCAAACGCAGCGGAAUUCCCAUCGCCGGCUCGCACGCGGUCAUAAUCGGCCGGAGCAAAAUCGUGGGGACACCGAUGGCGGAAUUGCUCAAGUGGCAUGACGCCACAGUCACGGUUUGCCACUCGAAGACGAAAAAUCUGAACAUGACGAUUAAGAAAGCGGACAUCCUCGUAGUCGCGGUCGGUAAGCCGGAGAUGGUGAGAGGCGCGUGGAUCAAACCGAGCGCCGUUGUCAUCGAUUGCGGCAUAAAUUCUAUUCCAGAUCCUACCAAGAAGAGCGGCCAGCGGUUGGUGGGGGAUGUUAAGUAUGAAGAAGCCCUCGUGGUGGCAUCGUAUGUUACCCCGGUGCCGGGUGGCGUCGGGCCGAUGACGGUGGCGAUGCUAAUGCAGAACACCGUUCAGUCUGCCCAGAGAGUCGCUAAGAGAUUGAUCGAAAUGGAGUUCCGCUGGCCGUUGAAGACACUGCCGCUGAAGAUAGUCGAACAGGUACCGAGUGACAUCGAAAUCGCUCGUUCCCAAACGCCCAAGGAUAUCUCGCUUUUAGCGUCGGAAAUCGGAUUGAUUCCAUCCGAAGUUUCCCUAUACGGCGACAAGAAAGCGAAAAUCGCUCUGAAAGUUUUGGGCCGCCUGAAGAACGAAGAUGAUGGCAAAUACGUUGUUGUCGCCGGAAUCACACCGACUCCACUGGGCGAAGGCAAGAGUACCACUCUGGUGGGACUGGUUCAGGCACUGACCGCCCACAAGCAGUGCAACUCGAUCGCGUGCCUCCGCCAACCCUCGCAGGGCCCAACGUUCGGUAUUAAAGGGGGCGCUGCUGGUGGUGGCUACUCCCAGGUCAUCCCAAUGGAGGACUUCAAUUUGCAUCUGACCGGAGACAUCCACGCCGUAACGGCGGCCAACAACCUGCUGGCGGCUCAGUUAGACGCCAGGAUUUUCCACGAGGCUACCCAAACGGAUCAGGCACUGUACGAGCGAUUGGUGCCCGCCAUGAAGGGCUCGCGGAAGUUUUCCGCCAUUCAGCUGAGGAGGCUGAAACGGUUGGGCAUCGAGAAAACCGAUCCGUACACGUUGACACCGGAGGACAUCAGACGGUUCUCUCGGCUGAACAUCGAUCCGCACAAUGUGGUGUGGACCAGAGUUCUGGAUGUCAACGACCGCUAUCUGCGUAAGAUUACCAUUGGUUUAGCUCCCACGGAGAAGAAUCUGACCAGGGAUACAAGCUUCUCGAUUUCGGUUUCAAGUGAAAUUAUGGCGAUCCUUGCGUUGGCCACCGGUUUGGAGGAUAUGAAGCAACGGUUGUCUAAAAUGGUAGUCGCUUUCGAUCGUACCGGAGCACCAGUUACGGCGGAUGAUUUGGGAGUUACCGGAGCGAUGAUGGUUCUGCUGAAGGAUGCCAUCGAGCCGACGUUGAUGCAGACACUCGAGGGAACGCCCGUUAUGGUACACGCUGGUCCGUUCGCCAACAUUGCCCACGGUUGUUCGUCGAUCAUCGCGGACGAUAUUGCCUUGAAGUUGGUUAAGAAGCCAGGUUAUGUUGUCACCGAGGCUGGCUUUGGAUCGGACAUUGGAAUGGAGAAAUUCUUCAAUAUAAAAUGUCGUGCCUCGGGCAAAAUACCAAACGCAGUUGUGCUGGUGAUGACGAUUCGUGCCUUGAAGAUGCACGGCGGAGGUCCACCGGUUUCCUCCGGUGCACCUUUGCGCAGAGAGUACACGACGGAGAAUUUAGAUCUGGUCGAGCGGGGCUUGCCGAAUUUAUUGAAACACAUUGAGAAUGGAUUGAAGUAUGGAAUGCCGGUAGUGGUGGCCAUCAAUGCCCAUUCCAGCGAUACCAAAGCGGAACAUGACUUGGUUAGAAAGGCUAGCAAACAGGCGGGUGCUUUCGCUUGCAUUGUAUCAAAUCAUUGGGCCCAGGGAGGAGCCGGUGCCAUGGAUUUGGCACAGGCGGUAAUUGACGCGUGCAAGGAGGAAUCCAAAUUUAAACUACUGUACGAGCUGAACAUGACGAUUGAGGAGAAGAUCUUCAAGAUUGCCAAAGAAAUGUACGGCGCCGGAACGAUUGAGCUAUCGCCGAAGGUUAAGGAUGCGGUUCGACUCUAUACCGAUAAGGGCUUCGGUAAUUUGCCAAUCUGCAUGGCGAAGACAGCUAUGUCACUGACGGGAGAUCCAAGUGCCAAGAAUGCCCCGAAGGAUUUCAAACUGGUCAUCAACGAUAUCUGCCUGUCGGCAGGCGCGGGAUUUAUCGUUCCAAUGUGUGGUGAGAUUACUAAAAUGCCUGGUCUUCCGACGAGACCUUCGAUCUUUGACAUUGAUCUAAACACUGAAACGGGAGAGAUCGAAGGUUUAUUUUAAGCGUAUACUGUAUUCUUUAGCUCUUCGGUUUUUCAUGAAAAAGAUGAAUCUAUUUUGCAACUAAUCGCGCCAUUCGAAGCUUUUAUAGGAACCUGUUUAGAACGUUUGUAUAUUUGCCUAAUACGGAUAUGACACUCUACUUACAUUACGGAUUUAGGCCGUAAGAAAUUG